UCGAGUCUGGAGUCGCGUCGAUCGCAGGCAGCAAAUUAAUCGCAAGAGAUUCACGAAAGCCGCAUCGCGAAAUUCUGAAGAGUAAUAGCCAUGGCCAAGUCAUCUACCUGCCUGGGAAAUAGUCUCAUCCUGCUGGCCGCUCUGGUAAUUCUGGCCCUUGGCAGCCUCACCGAGGCGGCCCCCUACCAGGAGCUGGAGCCCCGCAAAGGUCAUGUGCCCGUCUACAUUCGCCACGGAGAUGAGCCCCUAAGCGAAAUUCAUCCAGGACUGGCCGAGGCCUUCAAGGAGGGUCAGUCCAAGGACCUUGAAGCGGAGAGCCUGAUCUCUGCUGAACCCGCAACUACAAGUGCACCAACCGCAUCCUCGACCACAUCACCUCCUCCACCUCCUGCUCCUUCAACCGAAUCGGAUAUAGCCAGCUUUGAGGCCAUCAAAGCGAAGACCGAAUAACACAAUUGAAUAAAUACAAAAUUUCUGCUUAAACUUCUUUAGUUUACAAGUUAAUUCCAUCAACUGAAAGCCCCCCUGCGAAUGCAAAUACAAAUAUAUUUAAAUGCAGAAUAAAUAUAAAUAAGAGAACAACAACAAUAACAACCUUAAUCUCAUAUUCAGAGCGGGGGAGUGAAAGCAAUUUAAUUGUUUAAUAUUUGUCUGCGAGACAUUUCAAUGGAAGUGAAACUGUUGAUUUAAGGUAGGCUGUUGCUGUCGUGUUUUGAAUCUUGUUUU